AUGGAAAAGUUGAACAGGACAUCAGAGGAAAACAACUUUGACAACAGCUUCAACGUCAGCAAGCGUAUUGCCAUUUAUCUACUACCAAUUUACUCAAAUCUCAGUGACAAUGCUUCAGAUGUCCAAAUCCUAAAAUGGGUGGAUUGGAUCAGUAUUGGCAUUGGACUUCCUUUGACUCUAAUAGUGAUAGUGACAAUUUUUCUACAGGUGAAAAAGGAUCAGGGUGUCCCAGUCUACGUCAUCAACCUUCUCUUUUCUGAUCUCAUUCAGUUCUGUGGCAGAAUUACAUAUUCAGUUCAGUCUGGGCCUGAUAUCGGCCCUGGCAUCCUGUAUUUUAGUACAAUGGCCAGUGUUGGAUUCAUGGUCUGUAUCUCCUUGGAAAGGUAUUUGGUCAUCGCCAAGCCACUGUGGUACAGAUUCAGGAGAAACAUCAAGAACUGUGUGGUGGUCUGUGUUCUGGUCUGGACUCUUCCUCUUCCAAUUAUGCUACCACUUAUUCUGACUACAGAUUCUACUAUUGCUAAUACUAUUUUUCUAGCCAUCUUACCUAGUGUGCUCCUCCUGCCCUUUCCCUUCUUCAUCUUCUUCUUGGUUGGGACUAUUAAAGCUCUGUCUGGAGCCCUCAGUGUCCCAGCAGAAGAAAAAAGACGAAUCGUAGCCAUUCAGGUUGUGGUGCUGCUAAUUUACACUCUGCUUUUCCUGCCCAUCAUUGUUUUUCUCCUGUUAAAGAGAUUGAACAUAAUUCCUGAUCUUGUUGCUGCAGGUUUCCUUUAUUUUAGUCCCAUUGCAGACACAACUCUGUAUUUGUUAAGUCGGAAAUGCUUCCUGGAUAAGUUUCUGGCUUCACUCUGUUCUUGUAAAGCAUCAGACAAUCAGGAGAUGAGCAGUAAAGAUACUGAAAGACCAACUGCUCCACAUACUGUGACUGUUUAG